AUGAAGGGCAAGGACUUCCUGUCGGUCGCUGACCUGCCGUCUGAUGGCGUCGCGCAGCUUGUCGAGCGCGCUUACAAGAUGAAGCGCGGCAAAGGCGAGCGACCACUCGCAGGAAAAGAGUUCGCUCUCAUAUUCGAGAAGCCUUCGUUGCGGACGCGCGUGAGCUUUGAAGUCGGCAUCCGUCAGCUGGGCGGCACGUGCACGUACCUCAGCCAGCAGGAUGUCGGGCUUGGCGUGCGUGAGCCUGAGGCUGACAUCGCGCGCGUGCUCGAUCGCUGGGUGGACGGCAUCAUCGCGCGCGUAUUCUCGCACCGCAGCCUUGAGCUGCUCGCCGAAUACGCCAACAUCCCGGUGGUGAAUGCGCUGUCCGACCUUGAACAUCCCUGCCAGGCGAUGGGCGACCUGCUGACGAUACAGGAGCACAAGGGCAGCCUGUCCGACAAGAAUAUCGCCUUCAUUGGCGACGGCAACAAUGUCGCCGCCAGCCUCGCGCUCGCCUGUGCAUCCGUGGGCGCGAACUUCACGCUGGCAUCGCCCGAAGAAUACCGGAUACCCACGAACGUGCUCGAUGAAGCGAAACGCAGAGCCACAGCCGCCGAGUCCAAAGUCGAUUGGGUGAGCGAGCCGUCAGAAGCGGUAAAAGACGCCGAUGUCGUCUAUACUGACACAUGGGUAAGCAUGGGCCAGGAAGAAGAAAAGGCGGCGCGCAUCGCUAUAUUCGGAAGCUACAAGGUCGAUGAGGAGCUUGUGAAAGCCGCAAAGCCCGACUUCCUCUUCAUGCACGACAUGCCUGCGUACAGAGGACAAGAGUUGUCCGAAGGCAUGAUAGACCACCCCAAUUCCGUCGUGUUCGACCAGGCGGAAAAUCGCAUGCACGCGCAGAAAGCCAUCCUCGCCGGCAUCUUCGGCGACUAA